ACUAAACUAGACAAUACUAUACAAAGCGAAUAAAGAGCAUAUGAGAGUGCAUAGACACGGGCAAUUGUAUCACUCAAGUCUUGGACAGCUAACGUAGCGCAUGUAUUUUUUCGAAAUCUAAAAGAAAACAUACAAACGGUUCGGGUCCUCUUGCUAAACGUAGCAAAAAGCUUGUUAAAUAAGAAAAAUAUUAAUAAAUCAAAGAAAAAUUUAAAAAAAAAAUUAACAUAUUAAAACUAUUAUUAAUUUAAAAAUAAUAAAAGUUUACUAAAUUUUUUAUAUAUAAAAACGUUUUAAAAAAGCCUUCAAAACGGGUCAAUUACUAAGUUUAUUAUACAAAUCCCUAGCAUUUACCCUGUACACUCAAAGUACGUGGCCACUGAAAAUCUGGAAAAUUCCUACAUUGCCUUGUGUACUAAAGCAAUCUGCAAAUUGGCUUAUAAAUUGGCUAACACACCAACAACUACACAGCAUACAAAUCAUGCCUUAUAAUAAUCAUAAUGAUGAUGAGAUUUUAAUUACUCAUCCCUGCUAUAGAGGAAGUAGCAGUCACUCGCCUUUGUCUACAUGUCCCCCCUAUUGUGAUUGUGAGUUUCCCAAGACAACAGCGGUGGCCUCCUAUACGGGUCAUAUACCCGAUAUGAGUAAAUGCCGUUGCGGAGAAGACGAUCCUGCCACACACACCGUACAUUGGAAUUGGCAUGAGUGUUCUGAUUCGGAUACGGUUAUUAAAGGACAAGAUGUAACAUUCCAUCCAACAUAUUCACAGGGAACUGCUAUUGUGAGGGGUGAACAACCUUUGGCAGCCGGUAUGAUGCAUUUUUGGGAGAUCCGUAUUCUGACAGCGUUGUCCGGUACAGAUGUGAUGUUCGGCAUUGGCAGUGACAAAGUCGAUCUAACACAAUUCAAACACAACUUUGUCUCUGCUCUGGGUACAAACUCCGACACCUGGGGUUUCUCCUAUGAGGGAAAAAUUCACCACAACGGUGUGCAUUUGAAAUAUGGACAGAAAUUCUCUCAAGGCUGUGUUGUUGGGGUGUUGCUCGAUCGUAUACGUGGCGAAUUAGAGUUCUUCCUUAACCGCCGCUCUUUGGGUGUAGCCUACACCAACAUUCCCAAUGAUCCCGCACUAAAACUAUAUCCCAUGGUUUGUUCUACCGCUGCCAAAUCCUGCAUACGUCUCAUGAAUGCCACCUCGCAACUGGAGUGUUUACAAUUGAGAGCCUUUAGAGCUUUGGCGAAACAACCUAAAGCCUUGCAGGAGCUUAGACAACUGCCGGGCUUAAAAACCAUACUAAAUGACUAUUGGUUUUUGACUCCCCCCGUAAGAUAUUCACGUGAAAGUAAAGCCAAUGAGUAUGAUAUGUUAGAUGAGGCAGUGUUGUCUUCCAAAUCACGCCUCAGCAGAAAACAUAAAUAUAAAGACGAUGACAUUGAUGAUAUUAAUGAUCUCUAUAGUAAUGCCCACAAGAUAGCUGUACAUCAGAAUGACAGUGAAGAUGAACUAGUUUUAAGUGAAUAUUUUGACGAAUAUUUCCAAUAUUUGUUUUGAAACUAACACUCGCAAUCUCUUUUCCUUAAAUUAGUUUAAUUUUUUAUAUGCAUAUAUAUAUUUUUUUCUGUUUGUUUUACUUUUACUAAUUUAACAUGUGUUCAUUCUAAUUCCUUGUUUAAAUUGUUUAACUUAGUAACACUCAACAAUUGUCCUUAGAAAUGUCCUUUAGUUGUAAAUAUUUAGUAAAAGUAGACUGUAAACUGUAACUUUAUAAAUUGUUUGUUUUAUAAUAUAUUUUUAUUAUAA